UUAUUUAAUUUAAAGAUUUAGUAUUGAGCUUAACAUUGAAACAUCGACUUCGCUUUGUUGACAACGAGUUAAAACCUAAAACCUAACGAAAAAAAUAUCAAACUAAUCGAAAUGUAUAAUUUAAAAACUUUCACUAUAAUUUGUCUUUUAUUGCAUAUUGUUAUCAGUGCUUAUGGUCGUCCCGAAUCUAUUAAUCCAAACUUAGAAUAUGAAUUAAUCAGUGCUGGACCACAAGUAAUAAAUAAACCUGCGAUUAUUACAACUCGUAAACCAGUCGUCAUAAAUACACCACCUCCAGUAGAUCCUACUUCGAAAACAUUUGCUUUUGAUCCCAAAUCUCAAAGUUGGACUUCGGUAAAAAAAACUGAUCCAAAGCCAGCUGAAGGCACAUUAUUAUGGAACCAAAGUAACGAUAAAUAUUUGACAAAGUGAAUUUAUUGAAUUUUUAUAAGUUAAUUCAACUAUUUCAAUAAAUAAUAUAAUCCAAA